AUGGACGCUGAAAUUUCGACGUGUUCAGUUGGGAAAUUCUUCGAAAACCAUCUUCCGACCCAGGGAGUCCCGUUCGACGCUGUAGUUGAUGACCUCAAAAAGCAAAAGACACUCGUUUCUCGAGGCCAGUCUUUGGAACAGAAACCGUCCUCAUCCACACAGAGGCCACUGUUUCCUCAGACUUUCAAGUCUCUCAAAUCUCUGUUCCGAUCUCGUACCACCAGCACCACCCGCGUCGUGAAGACGCUGCAGACGAUCGGCAAUGCUGUUCGUAAAGCACUCGGGAGGGCCACAGACUGCGAGAUCAACGACUACUCCCUCAGAGUGGAGGAUAGCGUCGGAGAUCACGCUCGAGGAUGCCUAACCUCGAACCUGGAGGACGCAUUACACCCCACCGAAGUUGUGGUUCCGAUGACAGUCAUUGCAGACGAUGGCAAUUACACAUCAUCUGAAGAGGCGAAGGCAAAAUUACUGUCCCGUGCCACUGAAAUCAUGAAUGAAGACGCACGUCGAAGGUUUUGUUUCGGGGUCACUUGUGAACGGUCUGAGGUCACUCUCUGGCGCUUUGCCAGGUCUAUUGUCGUCAAGUCCACGCCUUUUGACAUGACCGAGCAACCAGACCUUUUGCUUCAUCUUUUCGUCGCUCUGUUCACAGCCUCACUACACCAGCUCGGAUAUGACCCAUUGGUAACCCUGCUCCCCGAUCGCAACUACGUCUACCAGAUCCCGUCUGAUAGUUCCACAACGCCACUCUACUUUAAAACGGUCCAUCCGAUCUGGGACGUCAAACCGACCUGCCUUUCUGGACGCCGCACGCGUAUCUGGGAAGUCGAGCAGGUCCUCUCACAGUCCGACCCGACUCGAGUUCCAGGCACACCUAACCGAGCUUUGAAGGACGUCUUCCUGAAUUCGGACACGAGGACCGAAUCCGACAUCCAGGAAGAACUGUUCGCUGAUAUAGCGAUGUUUGGCCAGGACGAAAAUUGGCGUUCUCGACCUCUCUUGAAAGAUUUCGUCCAAGCCGACCUGGAAGCGCUGGCGGAAGCGUUAAAGGGCGACCAAUAUAAACACUACUUUUCGUGCAUAGUCGCCAAGCACGUCGGGGAAGGCGACGUGCCUGGCCUGGACAGUCCAACGGCCCCUCCGCCGAAGCGCCGUUGUCUCUUCCUGUACGAGCGUGUCUGCACGGCACUGAACAACAUCCCCACACUUGGUGAAGCGGUCGAUGUCCUCAAAGCAGCUAUCAUCCCUUUGCGCCUGAUGUUCUGCGCAGGCUGGGUUCAUCGAGACAUCAGUCCGGGCAACAUCCUAGCGUAUCGAGAAUCGCCUACCUCACCAUGGGCAGUGAAGUUAUCGGACCUCGAGCAUGCGAAGAGGUUCCCUGACCCACAAGCAAAUACAAAGGAUCCAAUUACAGGAACCCCUCCUUUCAUUGCGUGCGAAAUCCUUGACGGUCACCACUUCUUCCCGAUCAGUAUUAACCCCAAAAACAUGGUUCCCCCUUAUCGACCCGUUCCCGUUGUUCAUACCUACCAGCAUGACCUGGAGUCCAUUUGGUGGAUUCUCUUGUGGCUCGCGACCGCUCGUGUCAACCGGAAGCUUCCGCGAAUUUUUGGACAGACAUAUUUCCAGCACAGAGUUGACCUGCAGUACGCCAGGUCGCGGUGUGGCUUGCUCAUGCAAAGCCUCUCGACCGACCCACAGGUCAAGGAAUCUCUCCCUCAGACACUGAGAACCUCAUUCUACAAACGCCUCGACAUCCUGCGCAAUAACAUUUACGUGACCUACGUGACUCGGACCAUGGAACAGAAACAUAACGACAUCGAGUCUUUUUCGUGGAUAAUAAGCGAAGGCAUGCGUCUCUUCUUCGAUGCUGUGGCACGCUCCAGGGACAAGUGGGGGGGUGUGGAGCUUGUGGUUGACUCAGAGCGACGGGUAUUCCCAGUAGCAGCACCUUUACUCCUUCCUGAAUCACCCAAGGUCGAAGCUCCAAGGAAACGCAAAAAUGUCGGACUAGAAGGCCGAGCACCAAAACGAUUGCGGACAGGUCCGGGGCGCGACACGGAUAUGCCGACACGUACGACUGGGCCAAUAACAAGAUCGAUGACACGGAACUCUGGACCAGUGACGAGGUCCGCAACUCGCCGUCUUCGCGAAGCUCGGAAGUAG